CCAAUCAUCCCAGCAAGGUGUAACUUGGAAAGGACCACUUAGGCAGCAUCUCCCCAGAGGCAUCCCGGUUCCCUGUCACAGUCUCCCGAGGGAAGGGCGGGGCGCCCCAUGGCGUGGGGGUGUCAGAGUCGGGCUGAACCUGUGUGCGAGCGACUGGGUGGGAGAAGGCCCCACGAGGGGGAAGGGCAGGGGAGAUCAGGAUGAGGUUGGGGGGGGUUAUCUCAUCCUGUGCCUGCCACGGGGUAGAUCAGCUGAUGAAAAGGAGGCUUCAAAGCUGUGGGCGCUGGGUUUAGCCUCCCAGAGCCCUCACUGCUCAGUGGAGUGAUGCCAGAAUCCCCCCCGGCACCCAGACCUGGCCGGCCCGACCGUCCCAGUCUCUGACCGAUCACUCCACGGGCACUGACUGCUCCCUGUCCUGCAGCCCGCCAGGAUGGCAGGAGCUCCCCGUCCCUUCCUUCUUUUCCUCCUGCUGAUUUCCCAGCCCAGGGACACAAGUCCUGCUCAAUCAGCUUGUCUCCCCAUACUGAUGAAUGGGAUUCUGGGAGAAUCAGUCGUCCUCCCGCUUGAUUCUGGGGAGGUGUUCAAGCGCAUCACCUGGUCCGCACCCAGCCCUCGCCAGGACACACCCUCAGGCAGAAGGGUGCCUCUUGCUGUUGUCACACCGGGGGGGCCCGGAGCCCUGCCCCGUCUCACUGUGGAGGACGAGAGAUACAGAGGGCGAGUGAGACUCCACGGCCGGAGCUAUUCGCUGGAGAUCAGCAACCUGACGAUGGCAGAUGAGGGUGAAUACGGAGUAGUGGAAAACACAGUCGCACACAAUAUGUACCACUGUGACUAUCCAUUGCUCAUCUACAAGCGACUGUCGGAGCUGGAGAUCAGGGUCCACACUGUGAUGAUUGGGAACAGCACCUGCAAUGUGACCUUCACCUGCAGCGCUGGGAAGAGGGCCAGGCAACUCAAUUACACCUGGACACACCCAGCAGGAGGCGCCAUUCUCUCCACCAAGGAAUCCCUGCUGCUCCAGCACAGACUGGGGGACGAGGACUCGCCCGUCACCUGCACGGCCACGAACCCCGUCAGCAACAGCUCGGCCAGCGCCUCCCCCAAGGCGGCUUGUGAAGGUCCUGUCCCGCCCCAGACCCCAGCGCUGUCCUACUGCCGCGCCAAGGGGAUCCUUGUGCUGGGGACGCUGGGAAUCCUGCUGGCCGGGAUCCUCAUGGUGCACAUCCUCACCGCAAGGGAGCAGAGACGGCCAUGAGAGGAGAGGAGCUUCCACUGUGGCUGUUAAUCCCCCUGCCUCCGGGCUGGAGUUUCCCACGUGAGCCAGCUAAUGAAUGAGAAUGCUCCAUCGCCCACUGCAAAAGCCUCAAUUUCCCUUCCCCUCAGGAAACAGGAGCAGCAGCAACUCUAUUGCGCUAGACUCGGCCAAACGUGUAGCAAUCCUGGAUCCUCUGCCCGGCUGUUCUGGGGCACAGGGCGGGGGGCAUCUCCAGGAUCGGAGUCUCUCUCUGGCCCAUUGACCAUGGAGUUAUGUAUAGAAAGUGGAACAGCUGGGAUAGGAGUGACUGAGAGACACCCUCCCAAACAGCCUGGUGCACAGGGCCUUCUGCAGGGACGUGGGAGAUCUGGAUUCAAGUCCUGCUCUGAAUCAGGCAGCAGUGGGAUUUGUCCCCACGUCUUCCACAUCCCAGCUGAGUGCCCUGACCUCUAGGUGAUGGGGACUAGGAA